CUCUGACUUACCAACCCAAAAAUUCCAGAAAGCUUUUUCAACCUUCAAGCUGUAAAAGAACUGCAGCAUCUACUUCUUUAUGUGAUCUAAUUAGCACCAUCUUUGUUAGGACAACGUGAUUUCUUGCAAUUAUUCAUAACUUAAUUAGCAGUCGACGGACUAAAUAAUUUGACGUCCCAACAACUUAGUGACCACGCACACAUUAAACUUUUCAAUUAGACAUAUUAUUAAACACAGACCAUAGGUUGAUGAUCCUGUGUUGUGGGUCAUUUGAUGUUGCCUAUGUCGGCGUUUUCGCCCUUUUAUUAUUAUAUAAACUUGUACAUAUAGAUGAUCUGAUUGCUUCUCAUCUCUGCCUUUGUUUUCUCCUUACUCUUGUGGUUUGUUCUUGUGUAGAGGGCAAUAAGGCAUCAUGUUACAGAACCAUGAAGAACAAGCAUGUCUGAAUGAAGAGUCCAAGAGUUCGACAGAGUAUGAAGGACGAGAAUCAUCAUUGUCGUCUAUGCCUGACUCACCUAACCAGAACAGCAGACCAAGCAGCAUGGUGAUUAAGAAAGCGCACACGGUGAUUCCAGCACAUUUAGUAGCAGAAGCCAUAUCAACGCUCCACGGGCUGGACCUAAGAUGGUCAGGCCCCAUCACACCUACCGAAAUGCAGUAUGUGCAGCAGUAUGUUUUCGCCAAGUAUCCAGAGUACUGCAAUGGCCUAGUCGAAGAGAGCGAGAAGUUCGACUUUUACAGCCUCUGCGUCAGUGAAGACUCCCCUGAUUCCAUGUCGGACGACAAGAAAAAGUCCCCCAAGAUUGUCCGGGAAUCGUCUUUUUCACCGUCCUUUGUGGCUAACAACACCUCAGACAUGAGCAGAGUCCAACUAGAGCCCUCCAAAUUACUCGACAUACUCGCCAAGAAAACGUCAUUCCAGGGCAACUUCAUGUCGAUCCCGGAAAUCCAGGCGAGGAAUCAAGCCCUGCAGAACUGCGGCCUGACGGAAGACGACUACUUGGUCGUAUUCACUGCAAACGUGAAAGAAGCCAUGAUGAUGGUUGCAGAAUCAUACCCCUUCUUCAGGGGGAACUACUACAUGACAAUUCUUGGAGAAGAGUAUGAUGUAAUAAAAGACUUUGCAUCAUACAAGGAAUCCAAGGUGAUCAUAGCACCAGAAACAUGGCUGGAUUUGAGGAUCAAAGGCUCACAACUCAGCCAAUACUUUAGAAGGAAAUGCAAGCAUAGUCCUAAGGGCCUUUUCGCUUACUCCGCUUGCACCAAUGGUGCUCGUUCAUCGAUGCACUGGAUAUCGGAGGCUCAUAGAAACUCUUGGCACGUGCUGCUCGACGCCGCUGCAUUGGAUGUGGGGAAAGAUCGGCUAGCGUUAGCCCUCCACCGGCCCGACUUUGUCAUGUGUGCAGUCGAUAUUGCACGUUCUCAGCCAUCGAAGAUUACUUGCCUGUUAGUUAGGAAGAAAUCGUUCGAUGCAGCUGCAACUUCUGCAUAGUGAGAUUGCAUGAGAAAGUGAUGUUCUUAUAAUGUAAAUCUGGGAUUAUGGUUCAUAUACAUAAUAUGUGCUUGUUCUUGGGAAGCAAGACUUUCCUUUCUUGCCUUGCUUUCAGUUUCUAGAGUUCGUUUAUGAAGCCAAAUUUUACAAACUUC